AUGUCUCGGCAGUCAAUCUGUAGAAGCUUUGGAGGCGGGAGCAAAAGGGGAUACAGCUCUUGCUCUGCCAUCGGUGGUGGCUUUGGAGGAAGCGGGGGCAGAAGCAGGAUCAGCUAUAGUUCGUUCUCCACAUCCAGGGGAACUGGAGGCGGCGGACAUUGUGGAGGUUUUAGCAGCAGGAGCCUUCAUAACAUGGGUGGAAGUGGAAGGAUUUCCCUGGGUGGCUCUUAUGGCGGUGGAUAUGGAUGUAGAAUUGGUGGCUUUGGUGGAAGCUAUGGAGGAGGAAUUUGCAGCUUUGGAGGAGGUGUCAUUGGUGGAGGAAUAGGCAGCUUUGGUGGCUCUGUGAGAGGUGGCCCUGGGUUCCCUGGGGGCAUUCACCCGGUGCAGGUUGACCCAAGCCUCCUUCGGCCAGUCCAUGUCGAGAUUGACCCCCAGAUCCAGCAAGUGAAGUGCCAGGAGAAGGAACAGAUCAAGACUCUUAACAAUCAGUUUGCCUCUUUCAUUGACAAGGUUCGCUUCCUGGAGCAACAGAACAAGGUUCUCUCCACCAAGUGGGAGCUCCUGCAACAGCAAGGGCCUACUGGGCCAAGGAAGAACCUCGAUGUCCUCUUCGAAAAUUACAUCCAGAACCUGAGGAGGAAGCUAGAGUCUCUCGUGGGACAGAGGGGACAGCUGGAGUCGGAACUGCAGAGCAUGCGGCAAUACGUUGAGGAUUACAAGACCAAGUAUGAAGAAGAAAUUAACAGGCGCACCGCUGCUGAGAAUGAGUUUGUGGUGCUCAAGAAGGAUGUGGACUGCGCCUACAUGACUAAAGUAGAGUUGGAAGCAAAGGUGGGAGCUCUGACCGAUGAAAUCAACUUCCUGAGGUGCAUCUACGAGGAGGAGCUCUCUCAGAUGCAGACAAUCAGCCGGGACUUGUCCGUGGUGGUGUCUAUGGAUAACAGCCGGCACCUGGAUCUGGACAGCAUCAUUGAGGAAGUCAGACGCCAGUACGAACAGAUUGCUCAGAACAGCAGGGCUGAGGCUGAGGCUUGGUACCAGAGCCGGUACGAGGAGCUGCAGAGCACUGCUGGAAGGCAUGGGGACAGCCUCCGCAACACCAAGAUAGAGAUCCAAGAGCUGACCAGGAACGUCCAGAGGCUGCGGACCGAAAUUGAGAAUGUGAAGAAGCAGAACCAGCAGCUGCAGGCAGCUAUUGCUGAGGCAGAGGAGCGUGGUGAGAUGGCUCUCAAGGAUGCUAGGAGGAAACUGGAAGAGCUGGAAUCUGCCCUGCAGAAAGACAAGGAGGAGCUGGCUCGCUUGUUGAAGGAAUACCAGGAGCUGCUCAACAUCAAGAUUGCAUUGGAUGUUGAGAUUGCCAUGUACAGGAAACUGCUGGAGGGAGAGGAGAACAGGCUGUGUGGAGAUAACCUUUCCAACGUAAAUGUCUCUGUAGUAGGCAGAACCACCAUUGCUGGAGGCCGAGCUGGAGGCUUUGGAGCCGGCAGCGGCAUGGGAGGAGGAGUGUGUGCAGUUGGAGGAGGCAGCUGUGGAGUGGGAGGAGGAAUACUCAGUGGUGGCUUCUCUUCUGGAGGUGGCGGCUUUGCUUCCAGCAGUGGAUCCUCCUCCGUACGGAGAUGUGUCACAACCACUACAGUCAAAUCUUCAGGUGUAAAAUACUGAGCCCUGAUCUCAGGCCCUCAAAGGAAAGAGGCAUCUCCCAUCUUUGGCCAGCGACGCAGCCCCUCAA